AGCAUAUGUUGUGAAACUAGAGAGGCUUUUUUGCAAUAAUAAGAACUCUGGGAAGCUCAAGUAUAAGAAUUCACAGCACUUUGUGGAUAAACCUCUCCCUUCCAGUUGAAGGGUUUAAGAAAAAGGGUGGGAUCACCUUAAACGAAAAGGCUAAGUUGCUGCAUCCGACUGAUCUUUUGCGUGCCUUUGGCUUAGCAAGUGUAAAAUAAUAGGAUAUGGCUAGUAGUAUCACGGCUCCAAUGCUAGCACUCUCUUCAUCUUCUGCCAAAAAGCACAAAAGUUUCAUUCCUAGCCCGAGGCAGUACCAGCCUAUACGAGCAAUGAAGGUGGAGAAGCCAUUGGAGGAGCUCUACAACGUGAAGGUAGAGAGGAAGGUCUCAAAGGAGCGCCUGGCAGAGCUCGGUGUCUCGAGAUGGUCUGUGUGGAAGACGGGCAAGUGCCAGCUCCCAUGGGACUGGCAGGUCGAUCAGCUCGUUUAUAUCGAGGAAGGGGAAGUGAGAGUGGUGCCAGACGGGAGCAAGCGAUACAUGAGCUUCGUUGCGGGCGACCUCGUUCGCUACCCGAAGUGGUUCGAAGCCGAUCUCUUCUUCAAUGAUUUCUAUCAAGAACGGUAUAGCUUUAGAGCAUAUGGUGAUGAUUAGCCGAUGUUGAUGAUCUUGAUUCAGUGUUGUAUGUCGUCUAGAAAAAAAUGAUUGGAUUUUGAGUUAUAUUUAUGAAGUAUAUGUUUAUGUUUGUA